AUGUGUGAAUGUAAUAAAAUGGAUAUGAAAUUUCGACAUUUUUUAUUACUUAUAUUGGAUGAUUUAUCUGAUAUUGAUCGAUGUCGAUUACAUUUUGUUCUUGGAAAACAAAUACCAAGACGUUUAAGACAAUCAAAUAGUAUUGAAAAUACAAUUCAAAUAUUCGAAUAUUUAAUCGAUACUGGAAAAAUUUUUACUUGUCUUGUUGAAGCUUUAUCCGCUUGUGGAAGAUCAGAUUGGUCAAAAAUAUUAAAAGAUUUUGAAACAACAUCUUCUCUAUCAAUAACUCAGCCACAUCGACAAUCACAUACAGAAAUGACAUUAACUAAAUCAACAUUAGAUGAAAUAAUAGAUGAUGAAGAAGAUUCGAGUUUUUCGUUUUUUAAAGUUUUUACUAAAAAUCUUUGUCUUUUUAAUUGA